CUCCUGGAGCCAGACGAUCGAGAAGACCGAGCCAGUAUAUGUGCCUGUUAUGCAGCAGCAAGCGACGUACGCCUAUGGCAAUGGCCAGCAGGAUUACUACCAGCAAACCCCCGAACUCGUACAUGUUAGAUGAGAAGAUGAUGGACGAAGGGGCACAAGUGCUGUGCCGCUGAUGUAUUUUCUUUCUACACCACGAUAUUGUUCCACCAUAUACCCAAAAUCUAGCUCCGGAACGUAAUGUCUACACCCUUUGUGUCUUUUACUUCCAGAACCACUCUUCAACCAUUCUGCACGAUUUCCAAUUAUCCAACCCAAGGGACGCGACAUGCGUUCUAUAAAUCGCCAGAAAAAAAUUGCAAAAGUGUUAAUUAUCCUCUACUAAGAGGAGCUCGUCUUGCUAGAUCGGCCGAGGUGGGGCCAGUAUCAGUGUUGCUCGGUGGAGUGCAUCCUCGAGAAUCAAGACCAGCAAGCACACAUAAUGAGAGCAUCUACACUAUUGCCUACGUAGUGACGCUUGGCCUCAUCGUACUUGAAGCAUGCGGUAAUCAACUACAGUUGAAAUGCUGGCGCCCCUACACAUCUCGUAGGAUGAUGCAGUUGCUCGCUUCGGCCCCCACAACAAGUCAUGCAAGGUAUGCAGCAUGCGCCUCAGCCGCAGCAGGGGCUCAGCCUGUAUGUGGAUCCUACCCUGACCUUGAACCACCUUUAUCCUCGCCCUCCAUAUGAUCAGUACAACGACACGAUACUUAUAAACACACUAGUAAUGCUUGCACA